AUGUCUGACUCUGCUGAUAAAAUUGUGACAUUCAAGGAUGCCGCAGUGGUGAGUUACGUCCCAGGUGGCCACUAUCACGCCCAUCUGGACUCCAAUGAUCGCUACGAUCGACCAUGUUGCUUCCAGGAGCGUUGCGAAGGCAAGGCGCUAACACCACAAUGGGCUGGUUGCUGCAGACUUUGCAGGUACAUAACCGUCCUGUAUUAUCUUAAUGACGUUGAAGAGGGCGGGGAAACAGCCUUCCCCCUUGCGGAUGCGAGCGACACUACACUGGUGGAGAAAUUUGAAAACUUGGAGGAACAGGAAUGGCACAAUCUGAGUUAUUAUUGCCACAACUCGAGUCUGGUGAUCAAACCCGUCCGUGGAACAGCCAUCAUGUGGUACAGCCACUUCAAAGACGAACAGACUGGUUACCUUGGAAAAGCGGACCAACGCUCGCAGCACGGGGGAUGUGAUCUUAUAAAGGGAAGCAAAUGGAUCGCAAACAACUGGAUUUCCUCGCCAUCUUAUGAGGACAGAUUCAAACCGAGCCUCUAUUAUACUGAAUCAUAAACAUGAAAACUGUCAAGAAGAACUAAUCAUAAUAUUGCAUUAGCGUCUAUACAUACGCAGAUACAAGACAUAAUCAAUAUUUUCUUGUUUUUAUAAAUUGUUGUGCGCGCCUCAAGAAGAUGGUACUACAUUCUUUCUCAAUAUCAUUUUGCCAGAAAUUGUAAAAUGCGUAUGUUUUUCGAAACAUAGAAAGGAUACUAUAAUGGUUCAGUUUAUAUCUUUAACAUGAUAAGCGCAUAGUAUUAUAUCAGACUCUUGAAACCAAUAACGGU